AUGUCUGGGCUCACUCAAAGAUUAGCAGCACAAUGCAUCUUGUACGAUCGUUUCACUCUCAGCUCCAUUUCGGCAACGGGGCCCACACUCAGUGACAAAACUCUGGCACGGCCAGAAGCAGAGCCUCGCAGUUCUUCGUCGCCCCACAGCAACGAGGGUCCACGGGUCAGCGACACCGGUAGCGGCCAGCUUCAACCCACUCGCGCCAACUGUUCGUCCAAGCGUCAGGCGCCAGAAACCGGGUGCGGCGAUAGCAACAAGAGGAGCAGGAAGGCGUCGUGCACCGCCGGUGCCGGGACAGUGGCGCACCCGUUCACCGCGGUGAAACCCGGCGGUGCGGACGGCGCCGUGACGCUCGCGGACAUCAACGAGUGGAUCCUCACGCCGCCGGCCCGCCCCGUGCGGCACCCGGUGGGGGAGUUCGCGUGCGCCCCGCGGGUGUCGGUCGGCAACCGGCUGGCCCCGUCGGGCAAAACGGUGGCCGGCUUCACCAGGCUCCACACCGCGGGGAGGGGCACGAUUACCAUCGUGAGGACAAGAGGCUGAACGAA